UGUUUACCCUUUUUCCAGCCUACUACUCACUUCAUCUCUUAAAUGCACUCUCACACAAAACAUUAGCUAUGUUUCUUCUAAACUUCACUCUCUCUCCUUUUGUCCUUCUCACUUUACUUUCCUCCUACAAAAGUUAGUAAAGCUCUUAACUCUUUACCUCAAUUUCCAUCUGUUUUUUUGUGUCAUUUUCUUCCCCCAACUCGUCACUCUAAACUAUGGCUGAUGCCAAAGAUUCCUUCAGGAUGGAACCCAAAUCUUCAACAACCUCAACCUCACAAAAACAUCAUAGGACUUUCUUGAUGGUUCAAAACAUCCUCAGAAUCUUGGUCAUUGUUCUAACUGCUGUUUCAAUUGUAGUUACUGUCACCAACAACCAAUCUGUUAUGCUGUUCUCUAUCCGGUUUGAAGCUCACUUUUAUUACACAUCUUCUUUCAAAUUCUUUGUUGCUGCAAAUGGUGUGGUCUGUUUCAUGUCUGUGCUGACACUGAUAUUCAACCUUUUGAUGAGGCAACAAACUCCUCAACGAAAAGACUACUAUUUCUUACUAUUUUUGGUUGAUUUGGUGAUGACGGUGUUGCUGAUAGCUGGAUGUUCAGCAGCCACAGCCGUUGGAUACGUGGGACAGUAUGGAGAGAAACACGUUGGAUGGACUGCAAUCUGUGACCAUGUGCAAAAGUUCUGCAAAACCAAUUUGAUUUCACUUUUGCUUUCAUAUUUGGCUUUCUUUGCCAAUUUGGGACUCACAAUUUUAAUAGCCUACAAGUUCACCUCUUAAUUAUUUUAUCCUAUCAAUUUAUCAGAUUCACAUGGAUCUUGUAUCUAUCAUCAUGGUUGUGUUGUGUCGUUUUAUAUGAAAUUUCUUAUAUGGUAUCUAUUUGUAGUAUAAUUUUUUUCAGUUUGGUGUAUGGUUUUAAUUGCAAACAAAUUGCUAGUACAACAUACAACUACCUUAAGGAA